AUGAUGUCAGAGUAACUUCCGGUUGACGAAGUCUAUGCAUAAAAAUGCAGCGACAGGUUUAGAUGAUCUCGAUUGUCUUGAGGUUGGACGGAAUAAUUAAAGAUGUCUGAAAAGCCAAUAAAGAUUGGGACCAAGGUUGAAGUUGUGGGCAAAGGUGUUGUCGGAACAGUUGCAUAUAUUGGAACAACACUGUUCUCAAGCGGGAAAUGGAUUGGUGUUGUGCUUCAUGAAGCUAAGGGCAAGAACAAUGGGACUGUGCAGGGCAAGACUUACUUCCAGUCUCCGGAGGGACAUGGUAUCUUUGUCCGGCAGUCCCAGAUUGUGGCUGUUGAUGACCCUGCCUCUGCUCCUGCCCCUGCCACGCCCGCAGUAAAGACACGCCCAUCCCCUGGUGAUGGGAAGACACCAGCCAGGAGGUCCGGGCUGCGGCCACCUAGCUAUGUUGGGAAGAGUAGUGAGAGUAUACCAGACUCCACAGCAGCAACUGCAUCCCCAAAGAAGGAGGGGAGUGUACCAAAGGACAGUGCCACCCCUGCACCAGGUCGGCGAGAGAGUGGCAUCCCUACCUCACGGCUACCCCGGUCCAGCAAGGAGACAACACCAGUUGAUGACAAGCCGCCUACUGCUGUCCCCACCCCUGCCAGACAGUCGCCACCUGGGGGGCCCACCCCUGCCCAACAAUCCCCACCUGAGGAGGAGAAGAAGCCAGCUGUGGUUGAGAAGGCAGCUGUGGUUGAGAAGCCAGCUGUAGUUGAGAAGGCAGCUGUAGUGGAAGCUCCUAGAAAGUCCCCCUCCAAGCCUGAUCUAAGUGCGAUGACGACAUCAAUAGAUGACAAGAUCUCCAAUCUGCAGCAGCAACAGGAGAUUGAGGGUCUACAAGCAGAGGUGAAGGAUCUCAAUGAGAAGCUGGAAACACUGCGGUUCAAGAGGACCGAGGACAAGGGCAAGUUGAAGGAGUAUGAAAAGGCCAAGAUACAACUGCAGCAGCUUCAAGAGUACAAGAUCAAGAUGCAGGAAACGUCAGCCGACCUUCAGCGGCAACUUCAGGCGUCUAAGAAGGAAGUGAGGGACAUCCAGGAGGCCUUUGAGCGAUACAAGGAUGAGAUGGCGGAUGUUUCUGAGACAAUCGAGAUUGCAACGCUUGACAAAGAGAUGGCUGAAGAGAAGGCAGAAACAUUGCAGGUGGAGAUUGACUCGAUGAAGGAGAAGGUUGAGGAACUGACCCUUGACCUUGAACUUCUCCGAGGAGAGAUCAGUGAGAAAGGCACAGAUGGCGUGGCAGCAAGCUAUGAGCUGAAACAGCUGGAGCAGCAGAAUGAGAGGCUGAAAGAGGCACUUGUCAAGAUGCGAGACUUGUCCAAUCAGGAGAAGCAUGAUUCCCAGAAGCUGGCUAAGCAGAAUGAGAAACAGACGACAGAUAUCAUCAACCUGAAGAAGGACAAGGAACGCUUCCAAUCUGAGGCCUCAGAGAUGCAGGAACAACUCAUUGAACUCAAGGAACAGGUGGAUGCUGCACUUGGUGCCGAGGAGAUGGUAGAGAAAUUGACAGAUAGGAACCUAGAACAGGAGGAGAAGAUCCAACAACUUGUUGAGGAGAAUGCCGACCUGGAAGCGCUUCAUGAAAUGAAUGAGGAACUGCAGGAGAACACCAGGGAGACAGAGCUGGAACUGAGGGAAGAGCUUGACCUUACACAAGCCAAGGUCACAGAGACUCAAAGGAAAUUGGACGCUACUCAGGAAACAAUGGCUGACUAUGAGGCCACCAUAAGCAAGUUCCGUGACUUGGUGUCCCAGUUGCAGGAUGCGAACCGAGAGUUACGCAGCAAACAGCAGGAGUCUGAACACAAAGCGGAAACACCAGCCAUCGAGAUGUUUGACUUCAAGGCUAAGUUUGCUGAAUCUAAGGCUUAUGCUAAGGAUGACAUGGCCAGGACGUGCCCAAAACGGGACCCAUUGUCCUACCAGAAGACUAUUGACAUGGAGUUGAGGAAGCUGGAGGUGCACCAGGCCAACUCCCAUGUCCAGAUGCUGCUGUCUUUCAUGCCAGACUCCUUUAUCAACAGAGGAGGGGAUCAUGAUGCUGUCAAUGUCCUCCUCAUGGUACCACGUAUCAUCAACAAGACAGAACUACUUGCCUCGCAGGUGAAAGACAAGUUUGAAAUUGUUGACGCCAUCACUCGCGAUGAUGUGUUGAAGAGUCACAAGGCAGAGCAGAACAGCUUUGCCCAUGAGCUUGUGUUGAUGCUGAAUACCUUGCAGGGCAUCAUGAGACAGUAUGAGAGUGCUCUGAGCAGCUGUAGCACUGAGCUGUUCACCAAGAUCGGGACGUUGCUGCCGGAGAUGAUGGCUCACGAGAAGGCGGUCGACUACUUCAUAGACUUGCUGAGGAAGGACCAGCUGGAUGAGACAAUUUCCCUGGAACUGCUGGAAAAGUCCAUCAACUUCUUCCAGCAACUGUACUGCGUGCACCUGGUGAAUGAGAAGAUGGACUGUACGACGCUGCUGUCGGACCAGGUGAAGCAGGUGCUGAGUGCCUGUGACUGCAUCACCACCGACAUCACUCGCCUCAAGAUCCUCCUCAUGCCAGGACAGGAGCAGAGUGAGUUUUCCAUCCUAAUGCGUGACUUAGAGACGUGCAACAACGAUGCACGCAUGUGCGCCAGGAAGAUCAAGCGAAGACUCCCGCAGGAAGGUUCUGCCAUCAUCACACCACUCAUGUUUGGAAAAGAGGUCAUUGAGUUGCUGCAGUCAUGCACGAAGAAUGUGUCCCAUGUGGCUAAGUCACUGAUCCACAUCGCCAGUGGGGGCAUGCAGCAGGCUUCUGUCAUGACAGCCGGGAACCUGGAGGCAUAUUCUGAUGCUGAGGGUCUCAUGCCCAAGAAGCUGGAGGAGCUGGCAUACCAGGCCACAGACCGGGUCUACGGCAAGGAAGACAAUGGACCCUAUGAGUGUCUGAGGCACUCAUUUGGUAUUGUGGUUGGGACGAUGAACAAGCUGGCCAAUGCCAUGGAGAAUGGAGAGUACGACUUUGAUGGCACCAGGGACAUGACGGUGGUGCCACCAGUCAAGCAGCGUGCUAACACAGUCAGAUCCCAGAUUGCCGACAUUGAGGUCAUGAAGUUCAAGAUGGAUGCCAAAGACGAUGACAUGAAGGAGCUGAAGAAACAGCUGCGACUCAAGCAAGAAGAGCUCAGUGAGCAGCAGGUCCGAGUGGAGCUGGUAGAGAAGAAGUUGGAGAAUGCCUCCAAGGACGGUGACAGUCGCGUGGACAAGAUACAGAGGAAACUAGAUGAGCUGAACAUCAGCAUGAAGAAGAAAGAGAAGGAGUUUGAGGAGACGAUGGACACGCUGCAGAGUGACAUUGACACACUGGAGCAGGAGAAGCUGGAGCUGAAAGACAGGUUGAAGGUGUUGUCCAAGAAGACGCUCCUGGAGGGACUGACCAGACAGUCCUCGGGCCAGACAGGUGCUGCCUCCCCAGGGGGUGGGGUGGAGGCACCCAUCCAGGACUCUCCGAUCCUGCUACAACAGAACAACUGUCUGCGAGAAGCGCUGCGCUUUGUGAAGGGUGAAAACCUUCGUCUGAGAGCCUCCAAAAUGAGGAACCAGCUGGCCAGCUUGCCCCCACUUCGGAUCCCCAGUAAACCAAUGGGAAUGGCAAACAAGACUGGUCAGGUUGAUAUUGGUGAUCUCCCUGAAAAUGUUCCUGGCAAAACAGAGCUGUCAAAACUAGCCAGGAAGACAGCUUCCCUGCUCGCAGAAGCCAACAAGUUGAGCUGCUGUCCGACUGUAGUGGAUAUCACGAAGAGGAAGCCAGGAUCACAGCCUGUGACUGAGAGCAGCAACCCUACCCGACAACUUGUGGAGCAGACGGCCUCCCUCACUUCCAUGGAGAGACAGAUACAGGAGGUUCAAGUCCAGGUGACAACUCUGCUGGCAUCAUACAGGACGGGCGGCCAGGUCCGUACAGACUUCUCCACGUUCCCAACGCCGCAGUUUGCUCGGGUGCUACAUGAGAAGAGUGGCGACUCCCUGAAGCUAGGAGUGAUUACAGUACCAGUCAAAGGUGGUAAUGGGGAGACAAUCCCCAUCAACGUGUCCCCUGAUCAACUGCGGAGGAUUCACGGGAAAUUCAUCAGCUAGAACAAAGCUUCCACUCAGGCCACAACAAAGCAUCAGUACAGAAUAAAAAUUGAUGAAAAAGAAAAGUGCAUUUGAUUUGAAAAAAAAGAACCCCAGAUGUCUUAUCUCCACACUGCUGUUCUUUUAUGUACAAACAUGAACUUGAAAGUGACAGGUCCUUGACUUGUUCAACUGAGACCUGAUCUUGGAUUAUUUGGCUUUGCAAGUAGGACUCCUGUUGGUAUAUACAUCUGUUGGUUUGUUGUGGCCUCAUUGUGCAAUAUUGAAUAUUUCUAAAUAUUUAUUGUCUUUUAAUGUGCUAUGGGUGGUAAUUGCUGGUGUCUUUGGUGAUCUUUAAGAGCAUUAUAAGUUAUGUAUGUUUGACAUAAUCAUGAUAACCAUUGUUACUUCUCUGUUAUUUCUCAACAACAAGGAUGCUUAUCCCAAAAUCCUCAACAACAAGGAUGCUUAUCCCAAAAUCAGUCAGUAAGGUCUAUAUCCCAUUUCACAAAGCGAUUGUAGAGCCAUGACUGUUACCUCACAAUACCAUAAGAUAGACAUUUGUCAGUCAUAGACCUGCAAUGUUUCACAAAGCUAUUGCAGCACAACUAACUGAACUCCUGUACUGUAACAUAGGAUGAAGUGAGUCAUAGUGACAUGAUAAGUUGAAAUGAGGCCUUGGAUCCAGGACCUUGUUUCAGUCAUGGUAACUUCUAAAAUUUAAUACAAGAACAGUCAGAAAGCUGCUUUUGCUUUGUGGGUCCGUGAUCUAACAUUGUCCUUCAGAUGCAGACUAUGCCAUUGGUCACCUUCAUGCAUGAUACAUGCUCCUAAAAACUAUGUCACCUUGGGCUGAAAAAACUUCCAAAUAAUGACCACUGUUUUGGUGCUUGAUAGCAACCCAUCUGUGUGGUUCUAAGAUAUUCAGGAUUAAUAAUGGCAUUGAAUAAGGUCCCCAAGACUUUCGAGGAGAAUGAUCAUCCCAUUUUUGACAGGUGAUCAAUGGUUUUCGACAAGAUUUAGACUGAGUAACGUAGAAAUCUUCUAAAUUCUACUUAAUCUGUCUGUAGCUGAAUCUACAACUCUGACAUCUGUAUCAUUAUCCAUGCAUCCUCUGGCAUAUGUCAUUCUGCAUGUGUUGCAGCAGAGGGGGGUUGUCUUCCCAUUUCAUGACAUGGUGAUGGGUUUAUCUUUAGUGGCAUUAAAAACCUGUAGUAUCAGUAUGUAAAGGCAGCGUUAACUUUUGGAUUUCAGCUUAUUGUUUCAGGUUUACAUAUCAGUACAGGUUCUAAUCUUUAUUUUGCAAACGAUGUGUCUACCUUGUGUCUACCAUCUUCAAUAUAUGUAUAUGAAAACGUUCAGAUGCCAUUCAAAGAUUGUGUUUACACUGUGCUAGAGCUGUAACACCUUCCUGUACCUCUGCUGCCAUGUUGUAGAUUAUUGUCAUUGUGCUUUAUGACUGCCAGUAAAGCUCUUGCCUUCUAA